UUUCAUCUCUUACACACUCGUAUGUCAAGUUCCAAAAUAAGAAACCUGGAAGUACAAAGUGCUGAUGAUGUUGCAGUACUGGAGGAUUGCAUAGAUUUUUCUUUAGCAAAAACAAUAAGCAAAACUGAAGAAAAACUAGAGAGAGGAAGCUUACCGGAUUGUCUGGAUGAUGAUAUUAUUCCAAACGUUGGAAAUGAGAUUGGAGCAGAAGCUCAAAUCAGAUUUCUUAAGGCAAAGUUACGUGUUAUGCAGGAAGAACUGGAUAGUGUAGUAUGUGAAUGCAGGAAAAAGGAUGACGAAAAUCAGAAUUUAAAAUCUCGUCUUAAAGAUACUGAAGAAGAAAACACCAGACUGCAACGAACAAUCAGUAUGCAACGUUCUCAGACUGAAAAGUAUAAAAUGUUGUCACAAGAAGCAAACAAAAAAAGCGACGGGUUACAACAAGAGGUCAUUGCGCUAGAAAAGGAAUUGGAGAAUCUAAAGCGUGUACAAAAGCAGGCCGCAACCACUCAGAGUGCAACAGAGGUUCGCUUAAACAGGGCCCUGGAAGAAGCAGAAAGGUACAAAGUGGAGCUGAAUAAACUGAAGCAAAGCAACAAGGAUGUAGCUAACCAAGAACUCAGAACAAUUGAAGAAUUAAAAACAGAGAACAAGAAACUGCAGAAACAAAAAGGAGAGCUAAUGACAGGAUUUAAAAAGCAGUUAAAGUUAAUUGAUAUUUUAAAGAGACAAAAGAUGCACAUUGAAGCUGCUAAGAUGCUUUCUUUUACGGAAGAGGAAUUCAUGAAAGCUCUUGAGUGGGGAAAUUACUGAUUCCAUUAAAAAAACAACUUCUGAUUGAAAUACAAGUCAGAUGGUACAUUAUUUUGGCAUUGUAUAUGAAUGCUUGUUAAUAGUUAAUAACCGUAGAUCCCAGUGAAUUGAUUUUGUUGAUUUUGCUUAUGUUUAAAUUGUUUAACUUUU